ACGCAUCAGUGUUCAUUGUGGAGCAAGCAAGUGAGUUGAAGUGAUAGUGAUAUUGUGUCUCAAGAAUCCCAGAAGUUGAUCGACGUCGAGAAAUGUCUGGUAGCAAGGGUAGCAAGUGGUUCGUGCUGCUGCUGGUGGCGGCUGCACUGAAGUUGGCGGAAUCCCAGGACUACUGCGAUCCGGAGUUGUGCGAUCCAGGUGAUGACCAUAUCGGAUGUAACAAUCCAGGCGGUUUCCUUAGCAACUGCGUCGAUCCGAAGGUGAUUCCGAUGUCGGACGAGCUGAAGACGAUUAUACUGGAUGAGCAUAACAAGUACCGUAGCACGGUUGCGACCGGCGGUGUCAAGUGGCUACCGAAGGCGAGCAAAAUGACGACGAUGGUCUGGGAUGAUGAGCUGGCGGCCCUGGCACAGUUGAACGCUAAUCGGUGCGUGCAGAAGCAUGACGCUUGCCACAAUACGGCCAACCAUCGUUACUCGGGCCAGAACCUGAACCACAUCACGACGACGGCCCCGUCGAUCGACAAUGUACCGCAGGUGAUCAAGGAUCUGAUCUCGUCCUGGUGGGACGAAAAGGCUGACGUCAACAAGCGCAUGGUGAAGAGCAUGUACGAUCCGGGCAGACAUACCAUGAUCUUCCACUUUGCCGUGCUGGCUGCCGACAAGUCCAACAAGCUGGGUUGCGCCGUAUCGCAGUGGAAGGACAACGGUAACCCCUACCUGUACCUGGUGUGCAACUACUCGUUCACCGAUAUCGUCGGUCUGCCGAUGUACGCCUCCGGGGAACCGUGUUCGGCCUGUACCAAGGGUUGCAACUCGGCCUACGCCGGUCUCUGCAACCCGGAGGAACCAGUUUCGGUGCCGUACUAAGGAAUGCAAGAUACGGAUCCGGGUAGACAAACUUCGUUCUCCGCAAAUUACUUCACCUUCACCACUACGUACGUCACCUUUGGCCAGUCUUUGGCGAGUCUUUGGCCUCCCCGGGGGGAAUGCCUUCUCACUCACUUGUGGUGGGAAUGUCCUCGGAGAGCUCUGCUCGAGGAGAGUUGCGUCAAUGUGUCCACACACACACACCAAAACAAAGCCAAUGUAUUCCUUUUCGUGCAAAUGGAAAGUGAAAUAAAAGCAUUCACCAUCAGCAGCAACACU